UGUGACAACAAAAUAGCAACAAGACUUCAUUUCUGUUUUACUUGCGCUUUAAAACACUGAUUACACUCGAACUCUAUACUUACUUAGUUAAAUUAAUUAUUACUAGUCAAAAAUUGUUGUGAAUAAAUGGAUUACGCUAUUAAUGUUUUGACAUGCCUUGCAAUGGGGAUUGGUGAUCCACCCUUUCCUAUUUCCACCACCACCACCGUUUCUCCAGAUCCUUUGAAUAUAGUAUCGCGGAGGGAUUGGUUGGCGCAACCCGCUGAAGGUGCACUGGAAAAAUUAGAACAACCAAUUCCAUGGGUUAUCAUAACCCAUACCACCACUGAAAGCUGUCAUACGAGGAGUGAAUGUGUCCUUCGUGUGCGAUUAAUACAAUCGUUCCACAUAGAAUCUAGAGGUUGGGUCGACAUUGGGUACAACUUUCUGAUCGGGGGCGACGGCUCUGUUUAUAUCGGCCGAGGUUGGGACUACCACGGCGCCCAUACGCCAGGGUACAGCAAGAAGAGUAUAGGCAUAGCCUUUAUCGGUACAUACCGCAAAGACUCACCCACGAGAGAGCAAGUUGAAGCCUGUAAGAAGCUUAUCAAGCAAGGCGUCGACCAACUCAAACUCAGCAAAGACUACAAGCUCGUUGGUCAGAGACAAUUGAUGGCUACUAUGAGUCCUGGAGAUAAACUUUUUGAUAUUAUCAAGGAGUGGCCCCACUUUGCUAGCAAUUUUACGAUUUUUUCCAAUAAUAUUAUGUCACGUAAACGGAAUUGAACUUUUUUUAAUCAAAUAAUUGAUCUUUUCACAAUAAAUCAUAAUAUUGACAUUUUUAACAAUAAUAUUAAUAUAGUUAAAAAAGAAAUUCAUCAACUUUUUUCAUCUUCGUAACAUUCUUCUUUCAUUUUUAUUUUUUAAAUAAACUUCUAUGCAUAUUUGUCAUUUAAAUACUUAAAAUCAUGUAGUAAACCAUUUUAUAUAGUAAAU